GGCAGGAGGCGAGGGAGUGGCGGCGUGGGAGGCGGGAGGCAUGAGGCCGAGAGCGGCUUGGUACUGCGGAGGGAAGUCUGGAGUGGCCAGCCGGGGGCGCGAGGGCAUGCAGCUGCCGUACACCUUCCACUCCGCCACCCAGCAGGAGGAGCCCGCGCCGCCGCCGGAGCUGCCGGGGGCGGGCAGGGGGCUGCAGGUUGCCUUCCACCUCACCCCGGGGCCCCCGCCGCCACCCUGCCGCCGGGCCCAGGCAGCAGCAGCCGCCCUGGCCCGCCUGCGCGGGGAGCUGCGGGAGGCGCGCACCAUGCAGCCGCUGGACCUCGCCGCACUGCCUCACACGCACACGCAUGCAGCCGCCCCUGCCGCUGGCCCCGCGCCGCGCGGUGUGCAGCCCCCCCGCCCACCUGCGGGUGGAGGGGGACCCGCCGGCUUCCUCCUCCCAAGCACCUCCUCCUCCUCCU